AAUCUACGUAACGCCGGGGGCGGCUUCGGUCGUAGGUGUGUAACGACAAGCUGAAGGGAAACCAUUGCGAGCAUUUUUCAGCGCACAAAAGCGUUUUAGUGCGCGUCCCACUUCUGUCGCUCUACAGCAGGGCGAUUUUUGCGCGCUCCCGCGACUCGCCAUAGAAAACAAAGCUGAACGUCUCCCGUAGCAGCGAGCGGGUGCAGACUCGAGGAGAUAUCUGAAUAUAUUCUGGAUACAUCGUGCGGAAUUAUGGAUUUACAGUGGCUGUAGCAUCGUUGGAGACCGAGCCUUCGCGGCUGGACUGACGGCGGGACAUUGACGAAAAAUAUCCCGUGUUUUUUUUUUCUUCUCUCGGGGUGCUUUGUCUUGUCCACCCAACGAUUGCAAACCAUCAUUCCAAUUUCAAUCGCAAACACAUUCAGCUAGUGACCACUAGCUGCCGUCGGGAUGUCUCGUCAUGUUGUCACCGUAAAGUAACUGCUACGACGUUGAAUUGUGAAGGAUACGCAGAAACCCCGCCGGGUUGUCACCGGGAGCCUGAAUCGGCGUCAGCCACCGUCGCGGAACCCACUGUUGUCGGCGAUAUGGCGGAGCAGGGCUACUCAUCUUGGGCGUACUCCCUAGUGGACUCCAGCCAGGUGUCCACCUUCCUUAUCUCCAUCCUUCUCAUCGUCUAUGGCAGCUUCAGAUCAUUAAACAUGGAUUGUGAGAACCAGGAGAAGGACAAAGACGGCAACCCCACGACAACGGGCGGUUUCAACAACGGCAACACAAACAACAGUGAGUGUAUUCAGACUAUAGACUCCACGCAGGCCCUGUUCCUGCCCAUAGGAGCCUCGGUGUCUCUGCUAGUCAUGUUCUUCUUCUUCGACUCGGUACAGGUGGUCUUCACCAUCUGCACUGCAGUUCUCGCAACAAUCGCAUUUGCGUUCCUCUUGUUGCCGAUGUGCCAGUAUCUGACCAGACCCUGUUCCCCGCAGAACAAGAUUUCUUUUGGCUGCUGUGGGCGUUUCACUCUGGCCGAGCUCCUGUCCUUCUCCCUCUCCGUCAUGUUGGUGCUCAUCUGGGUGCUGACCGGACACUGGCUCCUCAUGGACGCUUUAGCCAUGGGCUUGUGUGUCGCCAUGAUCGCCUUCGUGCGGCUUCCCAGUCUGAAGGUGUCUUGCCUGCUGCUGUCAGGACUGCUCAUCUAUGAUGUGUUUUGGGUGUUCUUCUCAGCCUACAUCUUCAAUAGUAACGUGAUGGUCAAAGUUGCCACCCAACCUGCUGAAAAUCCCAUAGAUGUUCUGUCCCGAAAGCUCCACUUGGGACCAGGGAUGGGCCGCGACGUCCCCCGUCUCUCCUUACCUGGCAAACUGGUCUUCCCCAGCUCAACAGGAAGUCACUUCUCGAUGCUGGGAAUAGGAGACAUCGUGAUGCCGGGGCUGCUGUUGUGCUUCGUCCUGCGCUACGACAACUACAAGAAGCAGGCGAACGGGGAGGUCCCGCUGUCUGGACGCAUGCAGCGCGUCUCCUAUUUCCACUGCACUCUUAUCGGAUACUUUGUGGGUCUGCUGACUGCCACUGUGGCCUCCAGGAUCCAUCGUGCAGCUCAGCCCGCUCUGCUCUACCUGGUGCCCUUCACCCUGCUGCCUCUGCUCACUAUGGCCUACCUGAAGGGGGAUUUGCGGCGCAUGUGGUCCGAGCCCUUCCACACCAAGACCAGCAGCUCCCGCUUCCUGGAGGUAUGAUGCACCCUGGGACGAGCGACCAGUGCGGGGAGGACUGCUGAUCUUUUUACCUUAAUUAGAGGGGAAGGAGAGAGGGCGCACUCACAGUGAGGCCGUGUUGUCAUCACUCGUUCAUGCUUUCCGCCAAUCUUCUGUAAGAAAACCCUCCGAAGGACACCAGUGUGUGGAUCACCACGCCCCCCCCAACACCAUUCAUUGUUGGUAACCUACAUCCUUCCCAAUUCACCGCCGCUUCCUCUUUUCUGUUUGUUUCCUCCUCAUCAAAGCACAUCCUGCCUAUGGCGGGGGGGUUUUCUCCGCCCCUCCCCUCUCUCUCUCUCCUUUUUCCUUUUUCUCCGCUCUAUAGUUAGUCUCGUUUGCCACUUCCCUUUCACGGCUCGUUCCAUUCGUCAGGCCUCCUCCCGCUGCGUUUUCCUUCUCUCCCCGCAUCUUUAAUUUUCUCUGCAUCUCCGUUUGUCACCGACUCUGAUGAACUCGAGGGCCGGGGCCUCUCGCCCCCCCUUUCUGUGGACUUGUGAGACAUGGCUGGGGUUUAUAUAUAUAUAUAUAUAGAUAUAUAUAUAUAGAUAUUUUUUAGCAUUCUUGUGAUCAUGAUGAUUAUUAUUAUUAUUAUUAUAGAAGAUUUAAACAAACCUGAGAAGAGGCGCAGUGGCAAAGUGCUCGGGAGCAGCGACACCGCGAAGAAGAAGAGUCUCACCCCUCCAUACGUCUCCCUCUUCCUCCCCCUGCUUUCUUUGUCUGUCCCUUCAUCCCAUCACAAUCGCUUUUUUUUUUUUUUUUUUUUUUUUUUUUGUUACCCGGGGCUCCCUCCCUCUGACGCUCUCCACGAGCCCCACCCAGCCUCCUCCCCCCCCCGUUCAUCUGCUGUCCCCAUUCCACGCCCUCACAGAUAACUAUGUAUUUUAUUUAGAAAAGUUUUAUUCUUGGCAUAUACAGAAAUGCAUUAUAAAUUGUUAAGCCGCCCCCUGCAUUUUAGGGGACGGUUCUAUUUGUAUAUAUGUGUAUUUGCGGUAUCUUGAGUUUGUAUUUGUGUUCGGGAGCAUGUUGAAUAGAGCGGGAAACUGACGCCAGCCAACAGCGGAAUUUUAGUAUAAAUGAUGGCUGCCAGGUUUUAUCGAGUCGACCGGUGAGCAUCCAUCACGUGCCGGUUGUUUUCUAAAGUUUGUUGACUUGUGUGAUAAAAAACGUCGCUGAUGGAUCUUUGGCACAAAAAAAAGCAAACCUAACAUCUGCAUUGGCAGCUGGUCGAUGAAAAGGUUUCCUGCUCUAGGGUCCAGUGUGUUGUAUCAAACGGCGUCAUGCAACACACGACAUGUCUAAUGGAAACGGUUUGUGUCCUAACUUGUAAAAAGUUACUGAAAACUCAACAGGGGGCAAUUUUGUUUUUAUCAGUCUUUCUUGGGACAGGUGGAAAUGUAAACAGUGUUUGUUUUUUUUUCUAAUAAAUGAAUGUUAAAUUCAUUUUACGGUAUGCUAUGUUACUUUUCAUCAUGAUACAUCAUCAUACAUCACGCUGGGUAAUUUCUCUUGUGCACGUCCUAAAUGUACAUGUAUUGAAGGCCAUGGAGACGCGUAAAGCAUCAACCUUUAGACAUUAUAAAUGUCUGAGCAUGAUGAUAUCUGAUGGGUUUGUAUACAUUCUGACUUAAGAGAAGUCAGGGGAACAGCACAACAGCACAUGUCAUCUGAACUUCACCUCUGUCAAGGAAGACUAUUGCACGGAGAUAAGGGAAAGCGUACUGGGGUGGUUUGCAAAUGUAGCUUCGUGUGUGUGUGUGUGUGUGUGUGUCAGUCAUUGCAUAAUAAAGUCUGUUUGGACCUUGCGAGGGGAUAAAAUCCGUUAUGCUCUCUCAGAAAUCAAAAAACGGAAAUUAGAAAUACCAGUUCACCCACGGGAUGUUUUUUUUUUGUCUCCACUUGGUCCGUUUUUGUGGUGCUCGUCAUUUAUCAUGUCCUACUGAACUGGAAAAGGUGUGAGUGGUUGCCCUAGAGGAAGUCUGGAGAGACGGGCGGACGAUGCAGUAAACUGGCUUUUUUUUAUUUUAAUUUAUUUUUUAACUUUUCUAUGCUGUCUGGCCUAGAAGGCCGUGCAUGUUCCGUGUACAGUGUAUCAUCUCUCAGACCGCUUUGACGGGGCUUCCGCAGUCUCUGCUCGCCGCCACCAUGGAACUGGACCUAAAGCGCUCUCCUGCAAAGAGCAGCGUGAGUGGGCGGGACAAAGGCAUGCGGGGUCAGAAAGGUUACUGGUCAGAAAGACUGCCAUUGGUCCGCUCUGACCUCCUGUGACUGAUUCACUGCGGCUGAAUAUUAGGACCUGGAUGCUGUCAGGUCGAGACUCUCGGCCUGCCGCUCUGUGCAGCCGCCUGGACUCGGACAUCAUGGAAGACCCCUUCGUGGACAUGGAAAGUAAAUAUAUAGAUUUAUAUGCGUACAUAUGUAUGUGUGUGUGUGUGUGUGCGUGUGUGUAUGCAUAUAUAUACACACACACACAGAUAUGUGUAAAUGUAGAUACAUAAAUAAUUGAUUACUAUCAUGGUGAGAACAACAAAAAUGUUUUUUUUAUAGAAAAUGAAUUCCUUCGUACCCUGUUGUGUUCUUUUUUUUUUUUUUUUUUUCAACUCUUCGCCCCUCUAGCAGAGGACUCGCACUCUGUUGGCGCAUUGAUAUUACGGCUGAAUGGAUUCUGUAUAGAAGAAUGGUAAAUAAAUUAAGAACUGUGUAGUGAAACAUGAAUCCUGAAGCGCCUGAUCUGAAAGGACUUUGUCUCCUUUUAACCUCUGCCCUUCUCUCUCUCUCGGUUCAGGAUUCUGCUGUAAAUAAACAUGACUCUAACUGUAA